UGCUAGAUUGUAUUUGCUCCAUAUUUGAUAGAAUCACAGAUUGCUUAUUUGAAUCUAUCUAAAAAUCGAUUUGAUAGGGAUGGUAUAAAUAGUCUAGCAAUUGUUUUACCAAAUACAAGAAUUGUAUCACUUGAUUUGAAUUAUUGUUCUAUUGGUAACAGAAACUUAGAGAUAUUAUCAGCCUCUUUGGUUCAUACAAAAAUAACUUCUCUCGGUUUCAAGGGAAAUGUUCCAAAUGAUUAUGAUACAAAAUCUUUGGCUGUUGGAGUGAAAGACUCGCAAAUAAGUUCAAUCGAUCUUGGCUCCAAUGAGGCAGUUGAUAUGGUUCAUCUACUUUCAUUAUGUAUGGUGGGUUCAAAACUAACUUCUAUAACUUUGAGUGAAUGUAGAAUAGACUGCUCUGUUAUGGAGGAUUUAGUAAUUGCUUUGAGAAAUACAAAUACUACAUCAAUAAAUCUUAUUGGCACUUACAUGACCUGUGAAGUUAUGAAAAUAUUUGUAUCAUGUUUGGUCAAUUCAAAAAUUACCAAUUUGCAUAUGAGUAAUGGCAGGGAUGAUAAACUAGACAUUGGCGCUGUGGAAUGUUUGGCACUUGCUCUAAAAGACACGCAAAUUUCUUCGCUCGACCUCAGUGAAAAUCAAUUGGACUGUGAAGUUUGAAGGUUUUAGCACCUUGUUUGGUGGAUACAAAAUUACAACAUCUUAAUCUAGAAGAAAAUAAACUAGACUAUGCCAAUUAUUUUGAUGAAGAAGUGAGAAAUUAUGAGGGGGUGGAAUGUCUGGUACUAGCUCUGAAAAAGUCACAAAUAAUAAAUCUGAAUCUUGCUAAUAAUGCGUUGACAUGCAAAAGCCUUAUUAAUCUCAUACUGAGUUUGUCGGAUACAAAAAUUACUACACUCGAUCUUAGUGGUAAUGAACUAUAUUGUAACGUAUUUUAUUUAGCUAAUGUUCUGAAAAGUACUCAAAUCAGUUCCCUAGCUCUUCGGAACAUACAGAGGAACCGCAGAUUGAGUAAUACGUCACAUUAUAAAGUAUCCAAUACUUACUAUCAGGAUUUAUCAGGAAUGCAAUGCACAUUCAGAUUGUAUUAUCUUUUCCAUAUGAAUCAGGCUGAAAAAAUAAUGAUCCUUAAUCUUAGUCGAAAUGAGAUGUCUUGUUGUGCAAAACUGAAAGAACUUUGUCAGUUUUUGUCAAAUUCGCAAAUUAUUUCACUAGAUCUCAGUGAUAACAGAAUCAAUUGUGAUGGCGUUUAUUAUCUAGCACAAGUCUUGCAAUCAACUAAAAUUUCUUCAUUGAAUCUAGCAAAUAAUGAAAUUUCCACUAAUGGUGUGCAGCAUUUGGUCCUGAAACUUCCGGGGUCACAGUUAAAAUCACUUGAUCUAUCACAUAACUUGAUUACAGAUGAGAGCAUUGAAUGCCUAUGUGGAAAUCUUGCAUAUACAAAAUAUGCUGAUCUUAACCUGAGAGGAAAUAAAAUUGGACGUCAAGCUGUGGAUCACUUGUGUAAAAAUGUUGCUGAAAUCAAUGUUCAAUUUGACUUGCCGAAUGAUGAUUUUUCACAUCAUAUUGAUUUGUGCAAGUAUCCAGGUUGUGUUAUUGAAAUUUACCAGACAUCUUUUGAAAAAGGGAUUGACUAUUUCAAUAAAUUUGUCUGUGAUAAAACUGAUAUCACAAAGGUGUACAUUCGAUCCAGCUGUAAAAAUGGCUUACCCUUCUUCAGAGAUCUUGCUAAAAUAGUUAGUAAUAUCAACAUCUCUGAAAUCGAAAUGGGAGAAUAUUCUAGGAUCCCUUAUUCUGUAUUCGCAAACAUUGCUCAAUUGAAAUGUAAUGGAACGGGAAGCUGGUUUUCACCGGUGGUUUUAAAUAGAGUGCUAAUUGAACUGAAAUUUCAAAAUAUCAAGAAAAACUGUUUUCAAGAUCUCGCAAAACUUUGUUUAAACAAUAUUAUGUAUCUAGACCUUAGCCAUAUCGAUUUGGAAGAAGACAAAUUCAUUUUUUUUGCUCAAGCAUUGAAAAACAACACCAUGGAUCAAAACAAGAAUAAUUAUUUGAUAUCAUUGAAUUUGAGUAAUAACAAGUUGGGAGCAAAAAGUGCGAAAUUGCUUGCAGAAGUCCUUCCAUAUAAUAUACCAUCAUUAACCUACAUCGAUCUGAAUGGUAACAAAAUAGGAUAUUCAGGAUUCAAAUCUCUGAUGGAAGUAGUUGACAAAACAAGCCUGUGUUGGCUUUCGUUGGGAGACAAUAAUAUCGAAGACCAGUUGCAGGAAAGCAUUGAACUAUCUCCUUACAUUGUGCCCCGAAAGGAUGAUGAAACGCCAGUUGCUUUCCAAGUGAGGUACUUAUUCAGGCAACUGGUGUCAAUGAACACAUGCAGUGGUGAACUGGAAUUCACAAUUCCCACAACCGACUCAAACCCUCCCGUCAAUAUCACCCACUAUCCCAAGCUGCUCAAGAUCUAUUCUGCAUUUGAAAAUGACGUGAAAUAUCUCAACGUGCAAGUUUAUGACAACUAUUACAUGAAAAGUAAGAGGCAUGACAGACGGCUUUUGGAAAAAAUUGAGAAAUUUGGGAAUGAAAUUGAGAAAAGAUUUUUAUCAUUCAUUAACAGCAUCUCAAAUCAAACGAAACUCGAACAGGCAUUUGGCUAUGACAGCUUUGUUGUUCUUGUCAGGGAGUGUGAACGCCUUGAGUUGAAUGAAUGUGUUGAAUCUCUAUUACUCCAUCGAGUGUUGUAUUAUGUGGAUGAUGAUGAAGAGAUAUUGCAUCCAUUCAUUUAUAGAAUGAUGCACAAAUACAGUAUGCCUCUAUAUUGUAAACAAAUCGAACCAAAUAAGAGGAAGCAAAUAAUUGCUUAUUACAAGAAUCAUCCGGAAAUCGAAGAAGCUGAGGCACUAAUUGAUUUGUUAGCAUCUAUGUCUACAGAGGAAAAUUGAUAUUUCUGGUAACAAAGCAGCCAUCAGCCUUAUCUUGACAACGAAUUAUGAAUUAUGUUAGCGAAUGACUUUCAAUUCUAGUCCAAACCUAGAAAAUAUAACAUUUUUGCUGUUUGUUUCUUUGUUCUGAAUCUAAGAUCGUUUAAUUCUGUUGUGAACACAAUAUUAUCUAUUUACAGUUUCAAAAUAUUUUCCAAUAAGAGACAGUUGUCAGUAAUCUAACUAUGUUUUGUUGGAUAGUAUUUGCUACCGCAUUAAUUCUAUAUAAACUUUAUGGAUAAUUUACAUUUAUAAAUUUAUUUUUCACAUAAUUAUGUUGAAUGAGUCGAAUAAUGAUUUAUUAUUAUUUAUUCUUAUUUCAACAUAGCAUCCAAUUUUUUAAUUCUAUCAAUAAACCCAAUUUUCUACGUUUCCACAACAAAAUUUUCUUUAUAACAGAAAAUUGGCAAAUUUGGUUACAGUUUUAAUGUAACUUUUAAAAUGUGUGUGCCUUGAGUUGGAUUUUUGUAAAGGCUUUAAUAAAUGUAUGAUAAAUAAGUCGCUAAAUAUCAAUAUUAUUAUUGAUAAGUCGCUGAUAAUCUAAUUUUGCCUUGAUUCAAUUAUAUAAAUUAAGAUACUUAUUCACUUGUUUUCAUCAAAAUACUUGGCAAUGUGAACUCGUCUAAAGAGACC